GCAUUUGCAACCACAUUCCUCUUUUCCAAUCUAAGCUCCCUCAUCUCUGGAGAUUUACAGCGAUGAGAUUUGCUUUCAUCAUUAGGAGACAGAUUGAAGUCGAUUUCCAUCCACAGCCAGAACUGGAGGUCAGGACGGGCAUUAAUGAAUGUUCAGAGAAUGGGAAGAGCCCCGAAUAAAGAAGGGUGAGGCGGGAAGAAGGCACGCCAGAAGGAAGGGCAGCUCUAAUCCCCUUUAAUCUACUGGGAAUCCUCCUUAACUGCUCCGAGCCUCAGUAAGCGUCGGUAGGAUGCGCCUCUUGUCUUGCUGGCUGCUCUGCUCUCGCUGCUUUCCCCCUUUGCUCUCCCUACCUUUGUCUCUUCUGCAGCUGACCAGAGAGCGGGUGCGGACCACAGGUCAGCUAUUUAGAGCAACAGCCUUCACCCCCGCUUCAGAAGAGCUCCGCUUCGAAGUGUGCUCCUGAAGGACGGGUGGCGAUGGCCUGAAGGGCGGAUCUCAGCCCAGCAGCUGCCUGCCGCGCCGCUUUCUCACCUGCAUUUCUAUAUUUAUCAGCGUUCAGAUCUGGGCCGCCGCUGAGGCGGGGCGCAGUGAAGGAGGCCCCCCAGGAGAAUGAGGAGGCUCCUCUGGGAGUGCGGCUCGCCUUCUGAGCGCUAGAAGUGGCCACAUUUGGGGCUCCACCAAGAAGAGGAAAAGAUGGAGAUCCGAGUCCUGGGCCGUUCCAGGCUCUGGAGCAAGUUCGCCGGCUGGGGACUCUGGUUCUUCUGCUCUCUAGGCAUCGGCAUCUCUAAGACUUCCCAGCAAGUCAUCCGGUUUGGAGGAAUUUUUGAAACUGCAGAAAACGAACCAGUUAAUGUUGAAGAAUUAGCAUUCAAGUUUGCAGUAACCAAUAUUAACAGAAACCGAACACUUAUACUUAAUAACACAUUAACUUAUGAUAUCCAGAGGAUUAAUCUUUUUGAUAGUUUUGAAGCCUCAAGAAGAGCAUGUGACCAGCUUGCCCUUGGGGUGGCUGCACUAUUUGGCCCAUCCCAUAUUUCUUCAGUCAGUGCUGUACAGUCUAUCUGCAAUGCCCUUGAAGUUCCUCACAUCCAGACUCACUGGAAACAUCCCACCAUGGAUAAGAGCGACAUGUUUUACAUCAACCUCUAUCCGGAUUAUGCAGCCUUCAGUAGGGCAGUUUUGGACUUGAUACUCUAUUAUAACUGGAAAACAGUGACCGUGGUGUAUGAAGAUAACACAGGUCUGAUCCGCCUUCAAGAGCUGAUCAAGGCUCCUUCCAAAUACAACAUCAAAAUAAAAAUCCGCCAGCUGCCCUCUGGGAAUAAGGAUGCCAAGCCCCUGCUGAAGGAAAUGAAGAGGAGCCAGGAGUUCUAUGUGAUAUUUGACUGUUCCUAUGAGAUGGCGGCUGGAAUUCUUAAGCAGAUCCUUUUUAUGGGGAUGAUGACGGAAUACUAUCACUACUUUUUUACGACACUGGAUUUUUUUGCACUAGACUUGGAAAUCUACAGAUACAGUGGAGUAAAUAUGACUGGAUUUCGGCUACUUAACAUUGAUAAUCCUCAAGUUUCAUCAGUUAUUGAAAAGUGGUCAAUGGAAAGAUUGCAAACUCUACCCAAGUCAGAAAUCGGUCUACUGAACGGCUUGAUGACAACCGAAGCAGCUCUGAUGUAUGAUGCUGUGUAUGCGGUGGCUAUCGCCUCUCACCAAGCUUCUCAAAUGACGAUCAGCUCCCUGCAGUGUCACCGCCAUAAACCAUGGCGCUUUGGACACAGAUUUAUUAAUUUGAUCAAAGAGGCACAGUUGGAUGGUUUGACUGGGCGAAUCACCUUCAAUAAAACAGAUGGCUUAAGGAAGGAUUUUGAUUUGGACAUUAUUAGUCUCAAGGAGGAAGGGACGAAAAAGAUUGGAAUUUGGAACUCCAACAGUGGUCUUAAUAUGACUGACAGCAAUAAAGACAGGUCCACGAAUAUCACGGACUCACUGGCAAAUCGAACACUCAUAGUUACCACCAUUCUGGAAGAGCCCUACGUGAUGUUCAAGAAGUCUGACAAGCCUCUGUAUGGAAAUAACCGAUUUGAAGGUUAUUGCCUGGAUUUGCUUAAAGAGUUGUCGAAUAUUCUGGGUUUCAUUUAUGAUGUUAAACUAGUUCCUGAUGGCAAAUAUGGAGCCCAGAAUGACAAAGGAGAGUGGAAUGGGAUGGUCAAAGAACUUAUAGAUCAUAAGGCGGACCUGGCUGUUGCUCCUCUUACCAUUACGUAUGUGCGGGAGAAGGUCAUUGACUUUUCCAAACCCUUCAUGACGCUGGGGAUUAGUAUUUUAUACAGGAAACCCAACGGCACGAAUCCCGGUGUCUUCUCCUUCCUCAACCCUCUCUCUCCGGAUAUCUGGAUGUAUGUUCUCCUAGCCUGCCUCGGAGUCAGCUGUGUCCUGUUUGUGAUUGCCAGGUUCACACCCUAUGAGUGGUAUAACCCCUACCCCUGCAACCCCGACUCAGACGUGGUGGAAAACAAUUUUACUUUGCUAAACAGUUUCUGGUUUGGAGUUGGAGCUCUCAUGCAGCAAGGCUCAGAGCUAAUGCCCAAAGCUCUUUCUACAAGAAUAGUAGGAGGAAUUUGGUGGUUUUUCACCUUAAUCAUCAUUUCAUCCUACACUGCAAAUCUGGCUGCCUUCUUAACAGUAGAGAGAAUGGAAUCUCCCAUAGAUUCAGCAGAUGAUUUGGCAAAACAAACAAAGAUAGAAUAUGGGGCAGUGCGAGAUGGAUCAACAAUGACCUUCUUUAAGAAAUCAAAGAUAUCCACUUAUGAAAAGAUGUGGGCUUUCAUGAGCAGCAGGCAACAGACAGCCUUGGUAAAAAACAAUGAUGAAGGAAUCCAACGGGUGCUCACCACUGACUAUGCUCUACUGAUGGAGUCCACUAGCAUUGAGUAUGUGACUCAGAGAAACUGCAACCUUACUCAGAUUGGAGGACUCAUUGAUUCCAAAGGUUAUGGAGUAGGAACCCCUAUUGGCUCUCCUUACCGGGACAAAAUUACCAUUGCUAUUCUCCAACUACAAGAGGAAGGAAAAUUGCAUAUGAUGAAAGAAAAGUGGUGGCGGGGAAAUGGCUGCCCUGAAGAGGACAGCAAAGAGGCCAGCGCUUUGGGAGUAGAAAACAUUGGUGGCAUCUUUAUUGUGCUGGCUGCUGGACUUGUCCUGUCUGUAUUUGUUGCCAUUGGAGAGUUUCUAUACAAAUCAAGGAAGAACAGUGAUGUUGAGCAGGCUUUCGGUUUCUUUUACGGACUACAGUGUAAACAGACCCAACCAUCCAACUCCACAUCUGGAACCACCUUCACUAUGGAGUUAGACUGUGGCAAAUUGAUUCAAGAGGAACAAGGGAUUCAGACACCAUCCUUAGUCCAUACCGUAUAGUCAGUAAAACCAAAAGGUGUGUCAAGUAGAAACUGUUUGUCUCAAGGCUUACGCAAGCUAAACGGCAUUUAAGUCUGCCAAAUAACCCCAACCAUAAUUCCCGUAUCCCACCCAAAACAAAAGGUUCCCCUGCAGAGAAUGUGGAAUGUUGGAUAGUCAUCUUGAAACAGCAGAGACUCACCUUCUCCAGGCACUGGAUGCAAUGCUGUCGAUGGAUGUAUUCUGUGACUAUAUACGUGCAUUACUAUGUUCUCAACAUUCCACUCUAAGAAGAACUGAAGGCAAAAAUAUUUUUAUAAUUUCUAUUUUUCUGAAUGAAAAUGAGCUCAUUUUCUGUAAUACUGCCAUGCCAAUCAAGAGGGAGACACAGACUUUAGAGUUAGAAAAGCAUUAAAUAAAAUAUAUCACUUGUGCUGCUCUUUUAAA